ACUAAUGACAAACCUCAUGGAACGUACAAUUGCCUCAAAUCAGUAGCACUUACUAGAUUUAGCUGCAGCUUAAGAGUGUAUUCCGUUUUAUUUUCUAAUUGUUGUAUGGCUGGACUAGCGCAGAAUCCUAUAAUACAGUUAACUGGUUUCAAACAUUCCGAGAAAAGGGCCCUUGUCAAAUUGCUUACUGAACUCGACUGCAUUUACUUUGGUGAGCAGGAAUAUAAGCAGCAGUGCACUCAUAUGAUAGCGAGUAAACCAAGUCGCAGUGAGAAAUUUUUAGCAGCUUGUGCUGCAGGAAAGUGGGUCUUGACUCAAGAUUACAUCAUUGACAGUGCUAAAGAUGGCAGGUGGCUCAAUGAAAUCCAGUAUGAGUGGGGAUAUAAAAUUCCAAGUAUUUCACAGUAUCCAGUGCCAAUGGAAUCUGUGCCAAAAAUGUGGCGCGAAGAGCUGGCCCGUUCAAGUAGACCAGGAGUAUUUCAUAACUGGAAAGUAGUCCUUCUGAUCAAUGAUGAAGCAAGGAGAAGUACUUUCAAAAGAGUCCUGCAUGCUGGCAAAGCCACAGUCUAUCAUCGACCAAGACGUUGUUGCGAAAUUACACAUGUUUUAACAGAAAAUCGAAAUUAUACAAUGGAGCGAAUGAAAAAUACAUACAAGGCACCUUACUUUCCUGUAGAGUACAUUGGGCAAUUCAUAUUAGAGCCUUUUUGUUCCAAGAUGCCUACCAAAGAUGUUAGGAUCUCCAAUGUAGAUUUUCUGGAUGUUGAUCAUAUAUCCUCGAGUUCUUUCCUGGAUUCAGCAUCGGAUGUUACACAAAUCCUGCAUUCGAAUUCUAUUUAUUUCAAGAAAGUAAAACAUGAAGAGUCCUCUGUCUCUACGGACUUUAAACACAAGCUUCAGAUGUGCCUAAGUUCACCUGAUACAAUACGAAGCAACUAUGCGCCAUCAGGUAUAGGAUGCUGUUUACAUACCUCAACUACUAAACAUCAUCAGAUUCAAGCGAUGAUAUUCCCUGGAGUUACCAUUAAUAGAAUAGAAGGUAUUUUGGAGGGGCAAUUCUAUAUGGAAGCAUUGAAGGAAAUACGUUUUCACUUGUCAUCCAAUUUUUUUCCACCUGCAUUUCUACUGCAGUCUCUCUUGCAACAGAUUCUGGAGGGUAAUGUAGACAUGAAUUUCUUGCGUGAGUUCAUCAGCAUCAUGGAAACUCUCAUUCUUCAUCAUCCACCCUGGCAGCAGUCUUCAAUAGUGAGUUACUAUAUGGAAAUUCUUCAGUGCUCCAGUUGUAAGAAAGGAAGUUUCUUUCUUUUGGAGUCACUUGCAAGGUCCUGUGUUUAUGAAAAAGAACCCUGUCAUUGGUCAUCAAAUCGAGAGCUAUCCAUUUCAAAACUGAAGCCACUUUAUAGAUUGCUAUUAAAGUACUACUUUGACCUGUUUGAAGCAGAGCUGGAGGCAUUAAAUAAAAGCUGCUAUGAAAACACAAAUUAUGGGGCUUCUCGUAUCAUACCUCCUUCUGUCCUUGCAAAAGUUUUCUUGGAAUACUCUGAUGUGAUGACGAAUCCUGUUGCUGUUUUGUUGGAUUGUGUUCUUCAAGCAACUAGAGCAGUGGUUAAGAAACCAAAUGAUAGACAUUUAUGUGAAACAGCUUACACCUUACAUGGCGUAUUAGGAGUAGUUGUCGAGUAUCGGCUUUUGGUAAAUAGACUACGUGGGAGAUCCUUAUCUGGCCGAACUUGGGAUGAUUUACAGUUUUACAUUCCUAUAUGUUGUCAAGAUUACAAUCAAGACGAAAUUGAGAUGUUAUUUAAAUUAAUGCCAUCAUCUUGGCUGCAAAUGUUCACUGCACAAGCUAUGUAUAAGCAGAUAUGCUACAGUAAUGGCAUCGAAAUUUCAGAAAAGUCUUUUUCACUGCACCAAAUAAUCUCUUCAUAUUUAAUAGCCCUUGGGAGGCUAGAAAGUUGUAAGAAAGUGAUGGUGAAGGACCCCAAGGGAAAGAAGAUGGGUCAUCAACCUUGUCUUGAACCUUUGAGGCCGUCACUUACAUUGACUAGUGACAGGCAGAAGCAUGUGGAAACACUGACCGUUCUAGCUAAGCAGAUUCUUCCAUUUGAGGCAAGGAGGAAUUCUUCUCUGAAAUCUAGGGAAACUAAAAUUGGAUCCAGUAAUAUAAAUCAAAAUGGAGCUAUUUUGCUACAGCAACAAGGCUGCCUAGGAAAAAAAUCCCUGGAUUGUCCAAAUGCAAAGGAAGAUCCUUGUACCGUCACAGAAGUUCGAAUGGAAGAUGUUGCUGAAGGGCAAUUUGGAAAUUUGAACAAAGGCAUCAAUUCUACUGAAACUGAGCCUAGUGCUUAUCUCUGGUCUAUACUUCUAAAGAACUAUAUUGAAAAUCAUAACUUGCCCUUAAUCUAUCAUGUUGUGAAUGAUUCAGCUUUGAGUACUGUUCAAUUUGUAGGUAAGAAUAGGCUUGAGAACCUGAAAAACUCCUUUCCUGAGCAGCUGAUGGUACAGUAUGCUGAAGAUGUUAAAGCCUAUAAGGAGCUUCCAAAGUAUAUCCAGCAAAUGUUUGGCAAUCUGAGGAGUGGAUCCCUGGCACUUGGAAUGAACACACAGCUGCUACUGCUGCACAUAGAAUCAAUAUUUACUAAUUCUUAGUCACCUAAAAUUGAUAAAACUACAUUUCCACUUGCAACCAAGUUAGAUAAUGUAUUUGUGUUAAAUAAAGAACAAAUGCUACUCAGAAUGACUGGCUACAAACUGAAGUUCUAGUGGCAGUGCUUAACCAUAGGAGAGAACUUGAGUUGAAAUUACUGAUGCAUUUUACAGUAAGUGCAGUGAGAAUUGCUUUCAGGAAAAUCUGAGAUUUGCAGUAAUGCAAUCAAUUGUCUAUGGCACGAAAGUAUGAAAUAUAUUUAUACAUCUAUGUUUGUAAUUUUUUUUAAAACAAUACCACUGCCUUGUGUAACUCUUUCUUUAUAUUUAAUUAUGUAAACAUUUUUUCCAUAAAUAUGUUGGUAGUUUAUAUUUUCA